AUGAUUUUCGACUCCAAACUAUUCUGGACGGUGCUGCUAUACUACUUCACCGUAAUCCUGGGUAUAGCUUUUAGGAGAGAAGCAAAUGGACACGCUCAAAUAUUUUUUCAAAUCAAACAAGGUACGUAGAAAAUAUCAUUCAACAAUCUGUCUAAUUUUGGAACCUAAAUAUUGAAGUUUGGUGCAGAACCCAAAACCGAACCACUUGAACGUAAAUAUACAUGGCACGUUCAGACCAAAUGUUUAUAUUGUUAAUGUUGCUUGCCCUCACGAUAAGUAAUUUGCAGUAUCCAAAUUGAGUCGACUAUAACUUACUAAAAAGUACUUUCUGGAUAUCGCGAAUGGGCAUCCAGCGCUCAUGCAAGGUUCUAAUAUUUUAGGCAUUGCACACAUUAAAAAUAUCAGCAAGUGAAUGGACUUAAUGCACGACAAGUUUAAUAGAUAAGAUCGUAUGUUGUGCGUUUUUCAUCAUCACUGACAUUAUUUUUUUCAGGUGUUCGAUCCCAACGCAAACCAUUCAUCAGUUUAAGAGCGAAGACAUCAAUCCAGUGCGCGGUAUUUUGUCUGGACGAAAAAACCUGCAAAUCUGUAAACUAUGCUGAAUAUGCCUCUAUCAAAGAUGGUCAGGAGAAUUGUGAAUUACACAAUGAAACCAAGAAUGAUGACGGAAAUCCAAUAGAAUUCCUGAAAGAUGAUAGAUACACUUUCUAUCAGAUACCCGGAGCAUCACACAAACCAGAAAAGAAACAGAAGAUAGAAAAUGCAACUGAACAGGUAUAUAUCUAUCUUCCUUUAUCACAGGAAAAAAUAGUGACAUCCAUAUACUAUGAAUUAAGGUUUGCAUCCCUAAAUCCAUAUUAUUUUCAUACUACAUCCAUAGUGAUGCUUGUGAAUAAAUAAUAAGUAAAUAAAUUUCAAGCCCGUAUAUAGUUAGGUGCGGCUAUUUUCUAUUUUCCAACAAUGGGAAAGAACGCACUCUAUCUAUAGGAGUUAGAUUUACUUAGUUAUACCUUGUUUAUAUUAGUUUAAGGAUAUUGCAGAUCGAAAUUAUGGAGUGGAAAUUUAUAUACAUUAAUUAGACCUACCCAGAAACAGCUGCGAAAAAUACGACUUCAGGUAUCUGGCGAAAAUCGAAACUGCGGCCCUGCGAUUCCGGUGCAGCACUCUAACCAACUUGGCUACAGAGACCAGUUGUCGAGCUCUAACCACAAGUUCAUGUAUAUAUACUAGGGUACUGCCAUGUAUAGGUUUAUUCAAUCGAGUGAGAUACCAACAAAACCUUCUUUAUAUUACCAAUUUAUUAUUUUUAUCCGACGUUACAGCAGUAUAUUGUGCAUGCUCCACUUUGUAACUGCUGAUUCGUUUAACAAUUUACGUGAAUAAAGUGAGAGUUAACAGUAUUGUGAUGUACACAUACUGAACAAGCCUAUACAUGUAGAUUUUCUAAAUUUCGUUUCAGCCAAACACACCUUCACUAAACAGAAGUUGUCUUGACUAUUUUAACCAUGGUAGUAAAACAUCGGGUCAUUACACCAUCUUUAAUGGGAGAAAAGCAUAUCGCGCAGUGUAUUGUGAUAUGGAAUCUGAACCAGGAUCUGUUUGGACUCUCAUCAUGUCCUUCGCGAGAGAAAACAAAGAUGUCGAUUCAUUUAGAUUGAAAGCAUUGUAUGAACCUUCGCCAGAGAACAGUGGGAUUCCAAAUUGGACCAAGUACCGAAUAAGCAAUGGUUUAAUGUAUAUAAUAAAGAACACGACAACUCACUGGCGAGUUACAUGCAGUUUUCCGCAAUAUGGUGUCAACAUCAGCACUGACUACGUCCGAGCUGCGUUCGCUGAUUUUGAUCUCAUGGGAGAAUUUUGGAGGGAAUGCAAGAAAGUGAGUCAUGUAAGUGUCAUGGGACAGUCUUGUUCAGAAUGUACGGCACAUUGGUCGCAGGGUAAUGGCAGUACACCACAUAUCGCUGCUGUUGAUGAGGAUGUUUGUGAUAUAAAAAGUGAUAAAAGUGGAAACAACUAUUUUGGUGCGUACGAAAAAUACAGUGCCACAUUUCGUUGUACAGAAAAUGCAACUUCAACAACGAAUUACUGGUUUGGUGCCUAUGUCUGAUAAGACAGCACGCGACGCAGCCUGAACAAUUUAUGUGGAACUCUUGGAUAUUGACUGCAUUACAAGAACUAUAUAUUUCAGUAUUAUUUAAAGUUGAUGCUAGCUAAUGUAGCAUAUUACAUCGUAAUUUUUUGCGCGAAUUAAGACUGGUUUGAUGGUUUCUACUGUAAGAAAUGUUUGCGCGAGAACUGACUCGGUGUUUAAGAAAUCCUUCAAAACGUAGAAUUUACCCAUAUGUAAAAUUCCUACUGUGAUCACAGAAACCUUGAUAGUAUAAACUAGCCCCUAUGUUAAUGUACUCACAUCCCAUAUUGGUAUUUAACUAUCUAUGAGAGGACCACGAAGACACGUAGCUUAGAGUAUCAUUUAAUAUAGUAAUAUAGAUUAUCAUAGCUAUAUCUUUGCGGAUUGCAAUGGAAUAUUUUGUCUGCAGGUGUGAAUGGUAGAAUAUAUUAAUAUCUUUGCUUUUAUUAUAGUGAAACCUAUCGCUAUAUUAAAUCUUGUUGUAACAUGAUGUCUCGAAUUCUAUUGUUCUUUGAGCAGUUUAUCAUAGCUGCAUACCCUCUGAAGCGAUAUUUGGCAAGCACGACAAAGCAGCUAUAGAAUGUUUCAAAGAGUCCAAACUGGAAUUGAGGACUUGAUAGUUGUACGAAUUAUUUGAACCUGUAUACAAAAUUAAUUGCAUGAACCGUUGCCGCACUAUAUAAGUUGGCAACUGUCAAGAUUGCCAAAAGACGAAAAACAUGUCGUAUUUUAUACAAAGGACAAAGGAUUUUUGCUUUAAACAAAGCCAGAGGGACUCAUAAACAUUCAUUUAAACUUUUUUUAUUCAUUGCCAUAAGAAAUUUAAAUGCUUUUAGCCAAAUAUCAUCUCGUUUUUUUUGUGUUUUUUUUAUAUAUAUAUAAAGUGCACGAAUUUAAAAAGCGCGAAUUAUAUGAUUUAUGACGUAUUGUGAGUCAAGGUUUUUUACGAGGAUUGAGCGUGGUAAUUGAUUGUAACGGCUUAUUAAUAAAUCGCAUAGAUUUUUCCCCAGCUUUCUUGCAUAGAUGUAAUAUUGCAUGCAUGGUAAUACAAAUAUCCAUGGAUAUCUUCGAGAUUUUUAUAUCGUGCAUUUGUGCCAGAUGUGGCCUAUAAUUUCGUGAAAUUCAUAAGCACUUAAAAGCUGGUAGCAUAAUGUUCAUCAUUUAGUGAAGACUAUAAAUAUUUUAUCACCAAAUACUUAGAAAAACAAACUUACUAUAACAAUACUGCCUCGUAACUGUUGCUACUAUGGCUCGGGUUGCUUUUGCGUGGAUUUUCAUCCUCCCCCUCGCCCAUCCCACGAGUGUCAUCCCGCGCCCUAUUCACGCAACGGGGUAGGAAACCAAAGCGCUAAGGUAGAAGCCAGAUAACAGAAUCAUAUUCUUUCAAACUUUCUGUGGAGAUUUUUUAGUUUAAUAAUUGUUUCACUCCCCGGUUUCUGACGCGAACAUCGUAUAGUAGGCAGUUGCAUUUCACAGCGGACAAUUGCGUUUCAGAGCGGGCCGGGUGAAAAAUACCCGGCCAAAUCUGAAAGGCUCCUUGGCUAGGACCUUGGCGUCAGUAUUUUGAUGACGAAUCAUAUCGUGGCAGCGGUUACGCUUUUUAGGCCGAGUCGACCUUCUGUGUGCCUGCGCCACCGCACUCAAAUUCGUCCGGUUCUACACGUUCACACGGAAUAGGAAUAAUUAUACGAGACAAUACGUGUUCACACCGAACCGGAUGAAUUGUUGCUCCGAAAGUAUUUACGUACUCGCGCGCAGAUUAGCUCAAUCAGUCUCAAUCCUAAUUCUCUACCGUGCAAAAUGGUCUUGAAAAGGACAGGUUCCGCUGUUCACAUGGCGCCGUCUAAUUUAGGAGCCAUUCCAGUGCAAAACGAAAACCUAAUUUUAUUUUGUCUCGAAUUAUACCAGUUAGCUGUGCUGGAAUUCGUCCGCUUUCAUGCGUCCCGCGAGAACGCAAAACGAAACCCGACGAAUUUGAGGUUCUGAAUUCAUCCAGCCUCGAGUGAACGCGGCCAUAGACACCAGUCUUUGUCCAUCGCUAAAUAUAAAUUAUUCAUAAUGACAAGACAUUGGCGCGAUUUUUUUCAACCUAGACCCAUCUUUGCAUGUAUCUAUAGUUAAAAUUUUCAGUAUGAAUAGAUAAAAGCGCCAAAGUUUGUCAAGACUUUUGAACAGUUUGAGCAACAUGCUAAAUUGUUUUACAAUUUCCCAACUGCUAUAUGUUUUUCGUUCAUUUUGAAAGGAAAUAAUAUUAAACAAUUAUUGAAUGAGGUCGAGUAGAAUAUGAGGAAUUAUUAAGACCGAGGUUUGUGCUAUCUUCCGAAGCCGAAGACUGAGGCAGAUAACACAAAUCGAAGGGUGAGGCAGAUAACACAAAUCGAGGUCUUAAUAAUUCCUCAUAUCCUGGGAGAACCGAAUUCAAUAAUUGUUUUAUUACUUAUUUGUUGGAAUACACAAAAAAUGUCGGCGAACCUUUCCUUUGAGGAAGCCAUUUGUAUUUUCCAGCUUUUGGCACAUAUAUGCCGCAUAAAUUGGACGUCAUAGCGUAUUGCAUUGUUUUUUAAAAAUAUCAUGAAAUUGCGUCAAACGUGGUAUAUUUGUUUUCAAUAUUCUACGGUGAUGUCAUAACUCCAAAUUUGGGUAGCUACCGAGGGAAUUUGACGAUUUCACCGAGAGCUCCUAGCCAAUCAAAACUCUUGAAUUAUUUUCAAUAGAUCAUGAUAGUAAUUAUUCACCUCCGCAGACAACUCUUGAGCACAGCGAGUUUUUAUUGCGAUUUAUUGAGGUCGAGGGAUAAUGAGGCCGUGCACACGACUCUAAUCUCAUGUGAAACAGAAGAUGUUUAUUUUAUGCAAGUAAUUUGUUUCUUUACCAUGGGCUGAGAAGACGCAAAACACCUACUAAUAAAUAUCCUAAUGUCCGUGACGUACUUAAGUACAGGCACUUUAAAACCUAUCAAUAUAAUAAAAACAAUAAAUAUUUUAUCAAAGUAUGUUAAUUUUAAACAAAUUAUAAGUCGGCUUACAGUUGCUUCUUGCUCAUCUUUCCCUACUCAUCAUUUCUUGAGUAUCAUGAUUUUCGACUCGAGCUCCAUUCAAAGCAAACUAUUCUGGACGGUGUUGCUAUGCUACUUCUCCGUAAUCCUGGGUAUAGCUUUUAGGAGAGAAGCAGAUGGACACGCUCAAAUAUUUUUUCGAAUUAAAAAAGGUGCGUAGAAAAUAUCAUCGAGUCAACUAUAACUUACUUAAAAAUACUUUCUGGAUACCCUUACUAAAAAAUACUUUCAGGAUUGGAUAUCCAGCCCCAAAGGUUUUAAUAUUUUAGCCGUUGCACACAUUCAAAAUAUCAGCAAGCGAAUGGACUUCAUGCACGACAAGUUUAAUAGAUAAGAUCGCGUGUUGCGCGGUUUUUUUUUCAUCAUCACUGACAUUAUUUUUCAGGUGUUCGAUCCCCGCGCAAAGCAUUCAUCAGUUUAAGAGCAAAGACAUCAAUCCAGUGCGCGGUAUUUUGUCUGGACGAAAAAACCUGCAAAUCUUUAAACUAUGCUGAAUAUGCCUCUAUCAAAGAUGGUCAGGCGAAUUGUGAAUUACACAAUGAAACCAAGAAUGAUGACGGAAAUCCAUUAGAAUUCCUGAGAGAUGAUAGAUACACCUUCUAUCAGAUACCUGGAGCAUCACACAAACCAGAAAAGAAACAGAAGACAGAAAAUGCAACUGAACAGGUAUAUAUCUAUCUUCCUUUAUCACUGGAAAAAAUAGUGACAUACAUAUACUAUGAAUUAAGAAUUACAUCACUAAAUUCAUAUUAUUUCCAUACUACAUCCAUAGUAUUGAAAUUACAAUUACUAUGAAAAUUGGAUUUCCAUAUACUAGUCCAUAUACAAAGUAAAUUUUGAAUAAAUUUCAAGCCCGUAUACAGUCAGGGGCGGCUAUUUUCUAUUUUCCAACAAUGGGAAAGAACGCACUCUAUCUAUAGGAGCUAGAUUUACUUAGUUAUAGACCCAUUGCACAUGACGUCACAGCGCCAGUAACGAUGCAUCUAGAGGACAAAUUAGCAAUCUAUGCAUAAUAGAACUUUUGUAAACAAAGCAAAUUUUGUAAAAGUUUAUAAUAAUUUUGUGUUAAAAUGGUUAAUUUUUUCGCUGUAUGUGGUUGUUGUACCCGUACGGAUAUUGUUAGGUAACAUCUGGAGGACACUCUAAGGAUUUGUAACGUCUAGACAAAAAUUUCAUCAUAGCUUGAAAGAGCAUCACAAAAUUAGUAAUAUUCCACAGUUUUGUUGCAAAAUGUUGUAAAAUGUGGAUAAUAUAGCCUUGCGAAAUUUGCAAUUUUCAGUCAUUUUAGAUUACAAACGGGAAAUGGUUACCACUUCUGUGCGUAAUACAAAAUGACUGAAAAAUACAAACUUCGCAAGGCAAUAUUAUCCACAUUUUACAACAUUUUGCAACGAAACUUUGGAAUAUUACUAAUUUUGUGAUGCUCUUUCAAGCUGUGAUGAAAUUUUUGUUUAGGCUAGUUAAGAACAAAAUUUUGGAAAAGUGGUAACCAUUUCCCGUUUGUAAUCUAAAAUGACUGAAAAUUGCAAAUUUCGCAAGGCUAUAUUAUCCGCAUGUUACAACAUUUCGCAACGAAACUUUGGAAUAUUACUAAUUUUGUGACGCUCUUUCAUGCUAUGAUGGAAUUUUGUCUAGACUUGUUGAGAUCAAAAUUUUGGUUAAUUGGGGAAUGGUCCAUUACACCUACCCAGAAACAGCUGCGAAAAAUGCAACGUCAGGUAUCUGGCGAAAAUCGAACCUGCGAUUCCGGUGCAGCACUCUAACCAACUUAGCUACUACAGAGGCCAGUUGUCGAGCCCUAACCACAAGAUCAUGUAUACAGUAUAUACUAGGGUACUGCCAGGUUUACCGCAGUAUUUUGUGUGCAUACUCCACUUUGAAACUGCUGAUUCGUUUAACAAUUUGCUUGAAUGAACAAAAAGUGAGAGUUGACAGUAUUGUGAUGUACACAUACUGAACAAGCCUAUACAUGUAGAUUUUCUAAAUUUCGUUUCAGCCAAACACACCUUCACUAAAAGGAAGUUGUCUCGACUAUUUUAACCAUGGUAGUAAAACAUCGGGUCAUUACACCAUCUUUAAUGGGAGAAAAGCAUAUCGCGCAGUGUAUUGUGAUAUGGAAUCUGAACCAGGAUCUGUUUGGACUCUCAUCAUGUCCUUCGCGAGAGAAAACAAAGAUGUCGAUUCAUUUAGAUCGAAAGCAUUGUAUGAACCUUCGCCAGAGAACAGUGGGAUUCCAAACUGGACCAAGUACCGAAUAAGCAAUGGUCUAAUGUAUCUAAUAAAGAACACGACAACUCACUGGCGAGCUACAUGCAGUUUUCCGCAAUAUGGUGUCAACAUCAGCACUGACUACGUCCGAGCUGCGUUUGCUGAUUUUGAUCUCACGGGAGAAUUUUGGAGGGAAUGCAAGAAAGUGAGUCAUAUAAGUGUUAUGGGACAGUCUUGUUCAGAAUGUACGGCACACUGGUCGCAGGGUAAUGGCAGUUCACCACAUAUCGCUGCUGUUGGUGAGGAUGUUUGUGAUAUAAAAAGUGAUAAAAGUGGAAACAACUAUUUUGGUGCGUACGAAAAAUACAGUGCCACAUUUCGUUGCACAGAAAAUGCAACUUCAACAACGAAUUACUGGUUUGGUUCUUAUAUUUGA